AUGGAUAAAAAGGCGACGGCUCUUUUGAAACUGAUCUAUCUCGAAAUGUUCGGCUAUGAUAUGUCCUGGGCAUCGUUUCAUGUCCUGGAAGUCAUGUCGUCGUCGAAAUUCCUUCAAAAAAGAGCUGGGUACCUUGCCGCCUUGCAAAGCUUCAGGCCCGAAACAGAGGUUCUCAUGCUUGCGACAAACCUACUCAAAAAGGAUCUCGUUUGUCCCAAUCUACAACUCAUUUCUCUUCCUCUGAUAACGCUUCCAAACAUUAUAACGCCUUCUCUGGCCAUGUCAUUACUUCCGGAUGUUUUAUCUAGAAUCUCCCACUCCAGUCCGUCCAUUCGGAAAAAGGCUGUGGUCUGCUUAUACAGGCUUGCGUUGGUCUACCCCGAUGCUUUAAGAUUGGCAUGGCCCAAGUUGAAAGACCGCUUGAUGGAUGACGAAGAGGACAGUAGUGUUACUACGGCUGUGCUCAAUGUCGUAUGCGAGCUUGGGUGGCGGAGGCCCCAUGAUUUUCUCCCGCUUGCACCGAGGUUCUUUGAGCUCUUGGUGGAAGGUGGUAAUAAUUGGAUGGCGAUAAAAAUCAUAAAGCUUUUCGCAACCUUGACCCCCCUGGAGCCACGAUUAGUUCGCAAGCUUAUCCGACCACUUAUUAACAUAAUCCAGACCACCACCGCCAUGUCCCUGCUCUACGAAUGCAUCAAUGGCAUAAUCCAAGGCGGAAUUCUGGAUGGAGAAGGGUCGCUUGAGGAAACACAUGAGAUCGCCGAUAUCUGUGUUGGGAAGCUACGAGGCAUGGUGGUGACAGAUUUUGAUCCCAACCUCAAGUACGUGGCGUUGCUCGCAUUCAGUAGGAUCGCGGUGUUCUAUCCCCAUCUGGUUUUGAUGCACCAGGACGCCAUAAUGAAUUGCCUAGAGGAUGCGGAUAUCUCAAUCCGCCUCCAGGCACUUGAGCUUGCGGCGCGGAUGGUUACAGAAGACAACUUACAGCUCGUCGUGGACAGGCUCAUUGGCCAACUUGAGACACUUGAUCACACCAAGGUAGAUGUCGAAUAUGCCAUGGAGUCGGGCGAGUAUGUGGGACCAAAACAAGCCCGAAAAGACAAUGCGUCAAUCUCUGUCUCCGAGGAGUAUCGCGCCGAGGUUUUGCAUCGAAUUUUAGAUAUCUGUUCUUACGACAACUAUUCUAGGCUGGAUGAUUUUGAAUGGUAUGUCGGCACCUUGAUACGACUGGUGAAGCAUCUUCCUACGGGUCCCGAAAAGCACACUGCGUACCAGAAUGACGGAAUGGAGAACGCGGCAAGCAGGAUUGGUCUCGAACUGCGAAAUAUUGCUGUUCGUGUCAGAAAUGUUCGAAUGGAAGCGACAAGGGCCGCCGAAUACUUAUUGUUAAUCGACAACAGGCACUCGCUAUUUGCCCACGCAGACAGCGGUAUACUAGGUCCGUUAGCCUGGGCUGUUGGGGAAUACGCCGAAUAUCUGUCUUCUCCAGGCCAAACGCUUCAGUCGUUGAUUGAUGUGUCCAACACGUCCUCUACCCCAAGGACCCUUUCUCUUUUCAUUCAAGCUGCACCGAAAAUCUUAACCCGCAUCAUUCGUGACAAGGGCGAAGCUUGGAGCGCGGCGCAGAAAAGUGAAAUCUCGCUGUACUUGGCACGAACCGUGGAAUUCCUCGAGCAUUUGGCGGCCCACCCUGACCUGGACGUGCAGGAAAGGGCAAUCGAGUUCUUGGAGAUUAUGCGGCUGGCCGCAGAUGUGGUGCGGACAGGGACACAGGAGGCCCAAAUACCCUACUUACUGUCUUCGGUCAUUCCGAGCCUGUUUUUUGGGCUGGAACUCAACCCAGUAGCGCCGAAUGCCCAGAAGAAAGUCCCCAUACCUGAUCAACUGUCUCUGGACAUUCCGCUCAACAGCAACGUUCGCGUCUUGUUCGAGUACAGCCAAGAAGGCUCAAUCGCUCCGCCCAACGAGUUUUACUACGCCCGGGAAUCUCACUCGCCGAGCAAGCAUCAGAGUGAAGUUGGCACAAGUGGGAUAACCUCGGGUCUUCUAUAUCAAACACACGACGCCGCGGCCGACUCGGCAGGAGCGUCACUGGCGCAGAAAGUGGAAUGGAGACAACGCAAUAGAGAAGAUCCAUUUUACAUCGGCACGGAUGGGCAGAACAAUGCGGCUGCCGUCCAUAGCGGUGGGAAUCUAGACCUCGACUCGAUACCUAUCGUUGAUUUGAAAAUAAGCAGUCUGGAGAGUAAUAAUACGCCUUUCACGCUACCCCACAACAGUGAUGGCAAGCAGCCUAAGAAAUAUGAAGUUAUUCCCGACGAGGUGAUUGGGCUCGAGGAAACAUUGAGUGUUACCGAGGAGCCUGUUAGGGCCAAAAGGACCCUCCUGCAGGUUGAUUCAAGUGGCCUCAGGGAUUUUACAUUGGUUGGUGAAAAUCAGACCCUCACUGGGUCUGAUAAGGUUGAGUCUAAAAGGGUUGAAGACGACAUGGAGAUGGCCACAGCAAUGAAGGAAGUCGAGAGGAUACGUUUGGAGAUGCAAAGAGCGUCCGAGCGUGUACACCUCGAGGGAACCCCAUCCGAUGGAACAUUGGUCAAGAGAAAGAAAAAGACUAAGAAGAGUGGCCAUAAGACUCGAGGAGCUGAUUCUGGAAGGCUGGAAGAACAGAAGUCAUCUUCAGGCCAGAAAAAGUCCAGGAAAAGAAGACAAGGCACUUGA